UGACAGAUGGACAACAAAUUAAGUUUUUGAACAAUGGGACUGAGUCAAUUUACAACCAUCCUGGGUGCUCUUUUGUUCCUCAGGCAGGUCGCAGGAGUGACGCAGCCAACCAAUCCAAAUAUAAUAAUUAUACUUAUAGAUGAUAUGGGCUUUAACGAUGUCAGUUUUCAUGGCUCUAAUCAAAUUCUAACACCAAAUAUUGAUGCAUUUGCUUAUAAUGGAGUUAUACUUAAUCGUUACUAUGUGCCUAAUCUAUGCACACCCUCAAGAGCUGCGCUGCUAACCGGAAAGUAUCCCAUACACAAUGGAAUGCAACAUUUUGUGCAAAUAUCAGAUGAGCCCUGGGGAUUGCCGCUAGGAGAACGUCUCAUGCCCCAGUUCUUUCGUGAUAAAGGUUACUCUACGCAGCUCAUUGGCAAAUGGCAUUUGGGAUUCUGGCGACAGGACCACACGCCUAUAAUGCGCGGCUUUGAUCAUCACUUUGGCUACUAUAAUGGGUACAUAGAUUAUUAUGAUCAUACCCAUUAUAUGUUGGACAGUAAUUACACAGCAGGCGCUGACUUUCGACGCGAUCUACAACGCUGUCAUUCGGAUAACGGCACGUAUGCAACGGAGGCUUUUACGAAAGAAGCUCGUCGUAUAAUAGAACAACAUGACCUAAGUCGCCCACUCUUCAUGGUAUUAAGCCAUCUAGCCGUGCACACAGGUAACGAGAAUCAACCCAUGCAAGCUCCCUACGACGAAGUGGCAAAAUUUGAACACAUAAGCGAUCCCAAGCGUCGCACCUAUGCGGGUAUGGUCUCCAGUCUCGACAAGAGUGUGGGUCAGACAAUGCGUGCUCUCUUAGACCGGGGUAUGCUUAACAACUCGAUUGUCCUACUCUACUCAGACAAUGGAGCGCCCACUCUAGGUAUUCACUCCAAUAGUGGCUCCAACCAUCCUUUUCGCGGU